CUCCCCAGCGCGGCUGGCGCCGAGCGGCGCGGCUGCCGCCACCGCAGCCGGGACGCGAACCGCGGGGAAGCGUCGCCUUUCUCUCCCUCCCUCUCCUCCUCUUCAUCAUCCGCCCAGCGGGGCGCGGACGGCUUUUCCCCUGGAGAACGGGCAUGAGAACGGCGCGGGGUCGGCGCUGAGCGGCUGCACGGAGCCGGGCUGAGACCGGGAUCGGGACCGGAGGGAGCGGUGGUGGCAGCGCUCGCCCCGAGGCUCGGAGGCGCCGGCCGGUCACGGAGCGCGGAGCUGAUCGCGGAGCUCGGAGGUCCCGCGGGCGGAGCGGCAGCCGGAGCACACCCAGCAGCGGGCCAUGCCGGCUCGGCACCGCCGCGUGUGAGCGGCUCCCCCGGCCGAGCGGCAGCCUCGCCGAGCCGCCCCGUUGCCCCCCGCGGGGGUGCGGUCGCGGCGGGGAGGCGGCGGCGGCGGCGGCAUCGGCAUCACCACCGGCAGCACCAGCAGCGGCGGCGGCGGGGCCCGGCAUGCAGCUCUCCCCGAGCACCGCGAGCUCGGGGCCGGUGCGGCGGGCCGACCGCUGCGGCUCCCCCCGCCGCUCGGGGCCGCUGCGGGCCGCGGCGCGGGGGCCGGGCAUGGCGCGGGGCUGCUCGCACUGAGCCCGCGGCGGCGGCGGCGGCGGAGGGGAGCGGCGGGGAGCGCCCAUGGCGCGGGGCCGCCGGGUGCCGGCGCUGCGCACGCGGCUGCACGGGCUGCGGCACAUGUGCUCGCGGCGGGCGGCGCUGCCGCGGCGGGCGCUGUGGGUGCUCGCCUUCUGCACGGCGCUGGGUCUGCUGCUCUCCUGGUCCUCCAACCGCCUGCUGCACUGGCUCUCCUUCCCCUCGCACACGCAGGUGCGCACCGAGUGGAGCCGGCAGUUGGCUUUCCCCGCCGUUACCCUGUGUAACAACAACCCGCUGCGUUUCCCCCGCCUCUCCAAGGGGGAUUUGUACUACGCGGGGCAUUGGUUGGGGUUGCUGCUGCCCAACCGCACCGCCCGGCCGCUGCUCACCGAGCUGCUGCGUGGCGACGAGGCGCGGUUGCGGUGGUUCGCCAAGCUGGCCGAUUUCCGCCUCUUCCUGCCGCCCCGCCACUACGAGGGCAUCAGCGCCGACUUCAUGGACCGCCUGGGCCACCAGCUGGAGGACAUGCUGCUCUCCUGCAAGUACCGCGGCGAGCUCUGCGGGCCCCACAACUUCUCCGCGGUGUUUACAAAAUAUGGGAAAUGCUACAUGUUCAACUCAGGAGAAGAAGGACGGCCUCUUCUUACCACAGUUAAGGGUGGGACAGGCAAUGGACUGGAAAUCAUGCUAGACAUCCAGCAGGAUGAAUAUUUGCCAAUAUGGGGAGAGACAGAAGAGACGACGUUCGAGGCUGGAGUCAAAGUUCAGAUCCACAGCCAGUCGGAGCCACCAUUUGUCCAGGAGCUCGGCUUCGGGGUGGCCCCUGGAUUCCAGACCUUUGUGGCCACCCAAGAGCAAAGGCUGACCUACCUGCCUCCGCCGUGGGGUGAAUGUCGCUCGUCAGACAUGGGCUUAGACUUCUUUCCCGUUUACAGCAUCACGGCUUGCAGGAUCGACUGCGAGACGCGGUAUAUUGUGGAAAACUGCAACUGCAAAAUGGUUCACAUGCCAGGGGAUGCUCCCUUCUGUACCCCGGAGCAGUACAAGGAAUGUGCAGAGCCUGCACUCGGUUUGCUUGCUGAAAAAGACAGCAAUUACUGCAUCUGCAGGACACCCUGUAACCUGACCAGGUACAACAAAGAGCUCUCCAUGGUCAAGAUCCCCAGCAAGACUUCAGCCAAGUACCUGGAGAAGAAGUUUAACAAAUCGGAAAAAUAUAUCUCAGAAAAUAUUCUUGUCUUGGACAUAUUUUUUGAAGCACUCAACUAUGAGACGAUUGAGCAGAAGAAAGCCUAUGAAGUGGCAGCCUUACUUGGUGACAUUGGAGGCCAGAUGGGGCUAUUUAUUGGUGCUAGUAUCCUCACUAUACUAGAGCUCUUUGAUUAUAUAUACGAGCUGAUCAAGGAGAAAUUAUUAGACCUACUUGGGAAGGAGGAAGAGGAAGGGAGCCAUGAUGAAAACGUGAGCACUUGUGACCCCAUGCCAAACCAUUCGGAAACCAUCAGCCACACUGUGAACGUGCCACUGCAGGCCACCCUGGGAACACUGGAGGAGAUCGCCUGCUGACACCGCCCGACCUCUGCACAGUGCCAACACCUAAGGAAGGGAAACUGCACGGGAAAGCAGGGACCGAGCUCAGGUUUGCAACGGGGGCAAAAAAAAAAAAUAAAAAUAAAUUUUAAAAAAAUAAAUAAAAAAUAAAAAUUAAAAAAAAAAACAGGAAGAAAAUCGCUAUGCAUUAAAAUAAUAAUAAAUACAUAUAUAUAUUAUAUAUAUACUCUGCCAAAACCAAGCGAGAGGCGCCUUGGACUUGACUUGCGUUGUCCUUUCCUCUGGGGGGGUUGUCUCCAAGCUGUGAAGGCAGCAGCUCCUUUCUGAACUGUACAAAACACAGAGACCAGCACCACAGACACAGAGAAGCCCCGCCACCUCACAUACUGCCAAAUGUACAAAGCACUUGCAUGCCAGGUCUUUUUACGGCAAUCUAUCCCUAGCUGUCUUUAUAAGCUCUGUUCCUCUUUGCAGUCUCUGAUUUUCACUACAAGAAGGAACUCGCGGGCCCAGCCAUCCCCUGAAAUCACCAUUACUAACGUCGUAGGCUGAAUUAGAAUAAAGAAACAAAAAGUCGCA